AUGUCCAGCCGCCAAUUGCGCAAGCUGCAGAAGCAGCGCGAGCUGGAGCAAGCCGCGAAGAAGCAAAACGACCAAUCGGAUCAAGACGAAGAAAGUGAUGACGAGCCAGCGCCCGCGGCGCGACCUAAACCCAACCUCUUUGCUGCCCUUGGUGGCGACGGUGAUGACGCAGACGCUGAAGCGGACGAGGAUGACGACAGUGAGGGCGACGCCAUAAUCGAGACAGCAGUCAGUGAGCCGAUAGGACCAGGAAGCGCUAAAAAGAGUAAAAAGAAGAAGAAGAAGAAGAGCAAGAAAAAGGCGGCCACGGCGGCCGACGCCAGCGAGGAAGAUGAGAUUGACAAGGCCAUCAAGUCGCUCAAAAUGGCCAAAUUGGACAAGGGCGCGCCCGCACAAGACGAAGAGAAGCAGCGCCGCGCCAUGGCUUUCAACAGCAUUUUCCAGAUUAACACGUACCACCUGCGGGCCAUCAACGAGAUGCGUAACCUCUUUGGCCGCGAGAUUAUUGAGUCAGCCAACGCCGAGGAGGAGCGACAGCAGCAGGAACAGCAGCAGCAGAUCCGGCGCGGACAGCAGCUCGACCUGGAGACGUUUCUGCGCGCGCAAGCGCCCAACGCCAAAAAGCUACCCGAGGUUUCGCUGCGGCGCAAUGUCUUUGUUCAAGGCCGCGACCACUGGCCCGCCCAAUCUGCGGCUGGCCUGACCAUGAAGGAGGUGGCAGCUAGAGACGGGGACGGAUCGUCGACCGAGUAUGCGUACCUGCACGAGGGCGAAUACGACGGCUUGCAGACGCUGUUCUUUGCGUGCGUCCAGAUUGGCGACCCAAUGCGCAUGGUUAGCCUCCUCAAGCGCGCGCCGUAUCACGUGUCGACGCUGCUGCAAGUCAGCGCCGUGGCCCGGCAGGAUCAAAACAUGGCGCUGGCGUCGGAGCUGUGCGAGCGCGCGCUCUUUACGUUUGGCCGUGUGACGACAUCAGCAUUUCGGCGGGAUGUUGAGCAGGGCCGCGCGCGGCUCGACUCGCGGCGGCCCGAGAACCGACAGUUUUGGCUCGCGGGCUACCACUACCUACGAAGCCUGCUGCGGAAGGGCACGUACCGCACGGCGCUUGAGUGGGCUAAGCUCUUGUACGCGCUGGAUCCCGCGGAUCCGUACGCGAUGCGGCACUACCUGCACUUUCUCGCCGUGCGCGCGUAUGAGGCCAAGUGGCUGCUGGAAUUUCUGCAGGACGUGGAGGAGAAUGCGGGGUCUGUCGCGCACGAGGAUUUCAUCUACGUGAGGCAGAGCGGGAUUCUGGCGCGGCUACAGAUGGGUGAGACAGAGGCGGCGAAGAAGGAGCUUGCAGAGGGCAUACGGAGAGUGCCGUGGCUGUACUGCGCGCUGUUCCAGGAGCUCGGCCUCGACGCGCCGCCGUCUGUCUGGGGCGUCCACGCAGAGUCGGAUGCGCGUCAGUUUUGGGUCAAGCUCUACCUGCACUUUGCCAAGGAUCUCUGGAACAAUACACAAGCGACCUCGCUGCUUACGCAAGUCGCCAAAAGCAUGGAAAAGGUCGACGUCGUGAGCCUGCCCGUUGACGACGCGCCGCCCGACCUGGGCGCCACGCGCCUCGUCUUCCUCGAGGGCCAGACGAGCCUUAUCGCGCUGGCGCCGCGCGCGCUGCUCGACCGCCAGCCCAACUACGAUUUCGACCCGCUGCCGCCCGCGGAAGAGGACAACAUCUUUACGUACCAGGGCACGCGGCUGCCGUGGACUGAGAAGCACCGCCGCGACGGCGGAGGCGUCGGGCAUGCCGCCAACGACGAUCCACAAAUUCAAGAAGCGCUGGCGCGCAUGCAACACAUGCUCGCUGCGCAAGGGGGCGCCGCCGGCGGUCGACGCGUUCAAGGGUUCGGCAUCGCUGGGCAGCAAGAGGACUCAGACUACGAUGAUGAGACGGACGAGGAGCUGCGCAGGGAUCUGGAGGAGCACGCACGCAGGAGCAGAGAGCCCGGCUUCCUGGGACAGCUGAUGCAGAUGCUGGGUGUCGCGGGCGGCGGCGGCGGCGGUGCUGCGGCGGCAGCGGCACCUGCGGAGGACCAGGACGGGGACGAUGUUGAAGAGGAGGACGAGGACGUGCCGGAGGCGUGGCCGGGGCAAGGCGAACACAGAUGA